AUGCAUUACACCCAAGGCUUAUCUGCUGGAAGCCGAGGUCCUGGUGUGCAGGGAAGUUCGAGUAGGAAUAAUAUUACGUUGGCUUGUGGAGCCGAGCGGAUACCUUUCCAAGAACAAGCUCCUGAGAUACCUGGUAGGAAUCAAUUGCCUAGUCUUCACAAGCUGCUGUCUCUGAGGUCUCUCGCGCUUCGUGGAUGCAAGAAGGCAUGUCAUCAGGAGCAAGCAAGCGAGAGCGAGCGGAGUUAUCCUCCCACUGAGAUCUUUGUCAGUCUUCUCAGCACCAGCGGCACAGCUACGAAGAGGUGUGGAACGGUUCCGCCAGGCAAGCAACAGCACGAGUUGUUUUGUGUCGUUGGUGAUGGGAACUUGGCUCGGCUGGGUAUUUCCCACCAGCAGGUAAUGAGUGAACCUGAGGCCAAGUCGCACAAGAAGACGCUUGUUGUGGGCGCGCAUGACGAGCUGCUCGAUGCCAUGCCCGAUGAGCAUCGCCAGGGCUUGGACCUGGGCGAGAGGUGUUGCUUAGCGUCUUUUAAGGUGAUGAGCUCUGUCGGCCCCGACCAUCGCACAGAAAGCUUGGCUGAUCGAGGCUGUACGAGCGCUGAGUCCGGCGGCGGACUGGGCGUCCACGGCGUCGACUCCAUCGAGCCGUCCAAGACCAGCACCAGCCUGCCAAUCCGCCGGGGGAAGCGGACAAGUGUCUUGUUGAGACUUGGGUUCUGCCCUACGGUGCCUGCGCUCGCCGCCCACGCCGCGUCCUGUUGGCGAUGCGUCUAUCUGGCCAUCUCGUCUCGUUUCGCGCGAGGGUGCGGCGAGGCAGCCGUCGAUAAUAGCAGAUUUGAGCAGUUUGAAGCAGCGGACACACUGGACAGAGUCCGUCUGUAG